GAGCUCUUUACUUACUGUCAACUCAGGUGAGGACAUGUCAGCGUGACAGAUAUCUGACUGUGAGCAAGUAACUGAAUCUGUUUUUUCUACAGAAAAAAAAGAUGGCAAGACGACAAAACUUCAGAAAAGUUUGGCAGUGCAUGCUGCUGCUUGUGCCGGUGAUUCUCUUCAUCACAUUUAUGCUGCAGGACAACAGUAACGAAAUUUUUUCAGCUGAAUGGCGUCGAGCUAUAAUUUCAAGAUUUGACAGUCAGUCAACCAAGACGUUGCCUAAACAGUCAGCUGCAAUGUGUAAUACGAAGGUAGAGUGUCCAGAGGAGACGUAUGGCUUCUACAUCCAGAGUGGAGCUGCUAACGUCAUGCCUCCAAAGAUCUGCCUCCAAAACAAACCGGUUCUUGGAAUGGUCCUCAACAACGCUGGAAUUGGAAUAAACAUUGUUAUAGUGAACGGUAAAACCGGGGAAGCCAUAAAGACCGGUCACUUUAACAUGUUCACCGGCGAAGUACAGCCGCUCAUUGACUUCCUGAAGAGCAUUGACAAAGGCUCGGUUGUGCUGAUUGCAACAUACGAUGAACCAGCGUCAAAGCUGAAUGAUGAAGCCAGGAAGCUGAUGGCUGAACUGGGAAGCACUGCGAUCCAGUCACUGAGAUUCAGAGAUAGCUGGGUGUUUGUUGGUGGCAAAGGAGCAGCAGUGGACAGCAGCUUUGAAAAGCACGUGAAGAAUGACCCAGCAAAUAAUAAAUACGAAAACUGGCCGGAGCUCAUCGAACUCCAUGGAUGCAUCCCCAAAUAUCAGGAGUGACCCCGCUGCAGCGUCCUAAAGGAUUAAGACUGACAGACAACCUCCACCCUGAGGGGGAUGACAGGAUUACUGCCUGAAGACAGAGACAUCCACAUGUUCUCUUCACUGCUUCUUCCUCUGGGUGGAAGGAAGUCUAAACACUGUGGGUCUCUGUGGGUCACUGUGGGUCACUCUGGAUCUCUGUGGGUCACUGUGGGUCUCUGUGGGUCACUGUGGGUCACUCUGGAUCUCUGUGGGUCACUGUGGGUCUCUGUGGGUCACUGUGGGUCACUGUGGGUCUCUGUGGUGUU